AUUCACACGGGUUCCGGUGUCUGUGUUUUUGUUGACACUGUUAAUAUAGCGUUUGUGAUGCCGGACGAAUACCGGAGAACUUUGUUUCAUUUGUUUAAUUAUAAGUAUUAUGUGGACUAAGUAACUAGCGUUAUAUAAGGACAAACCGACGAGGUGACUCUACCGUAUACAUUUCAUGAGCUCGCCUCAAACACUCAGGGCUAAGGUCUGUCGUCAUGUGAUCAAUAUGCCGUCCAUCAUUAGCACCCAGCCGAAUAUAUGAUCAAUAUUGUGUUAUUUCAUUUCACAAGAGAUGUAAUGACAAGCUACACCGAAAAACAGAGAAGCAUACGCAAUUUUAAAAGCCAGUUUAGUUAACAAAGCCGAUAGUCGAGGGUUUCGAAAGUUUUUGGAUCUAGCACAAUGAGCGUCCAAAGGCUGAUCAAUGGUCGAGUGGCCGAUGCGGUGACGGCCUUACGAGGAGCUUGCGCCGAAUUAGAUAAAAGUAUCAGUUCUUCACAAGAGGUGAGUCUGGGUCAGGACGACGAUGAUGAACUUAGGGCCGAUCAAGUAAGACCCAAUGCAAAGCGACGUCGAACCCAGGACGAAAGUUGUAUCUCGGAUGAGGAAAGCGUUCGAGAGCUGAAGAUUAAACUGGCUCAGUAUCAGACGAAGAUUCUCGCUCUUGAAGCUCAGAAAGAGAUGCAAGUGCCACUGCUACACCGGGAGUCUAUCCAGAAAGAGCAAAAGAUACUGGAGCUGUCCAAAGAUCUCGAAGCGACUCGGCGCGCAAAGACGGUCGCUAUUGAAAUGCGCACCAAACAAGAACAGGAAGUAUCCAAAGAGCGGAUACUUCAACAGGCAAAAGUGCAGUCGUUGCAACGCGAAAUACAGCAACUAAGGAUGCGUAUUGACGAUCUUGAAAAAACGCGGGACAGCUCGAUUAAGGAGGCAGAGCAGAAUUUAUGGCGGGAAAAAGAACGGCGACUUAAAGAAGAAGAGACCGCGUUCCAAAAAGAACGUCUGCUUAUUGAGACGAAGAUGAUAAGAGAUGAGACGUUAAACAAACUUCGAUUAGUCGAGGAGACACUUCGAAGGAAGCAAGAUGACCUGGAUAACAUUCAAGAGGAAAAUAAAAGACUUAAUAAUGAGGUAAGCCAGCUAAAAAAAUCAAUCCAAGAUCAUAACUGGGCAUCGGAUCUUCUUGAAAGAAGCCAAGAACUUACUGAAAAAAUGAAAAUUAUGGCGGAGUGGGAAACCGAGCUCAAUCAGCUUCGUAAAGAAAACCGAAAGCUUCGCGAAGAUCGAUCGAACGUGUUGCUCUAUCGUGAGCAGCUUCGCAUACUGGAGGAUGUCGAGAAGGGCGCUAACAAAACGAGAGAACGCUGUGCCGAGCUCGAAUUCGAUCUCAAUUUAAGCCAACAGUUAAAUUCCGAAUGGGAGAAUGCCCUCAGGGAGGUUGACCCGUCACUGAACUCACCUGAAGCUGUGUUGAAGAGAUUACGAAAGCUUCAGGAUAGCGAGUUGUAUCUUCUUGAAGAGAACAACGGACUCAAAACGGAGGUGGCAGUUCUGCAAAAUGCAAAGCGACUAGAGGGUGCUGAAGAAGCAAAAUCUUUAAAACGCUUAGAGCGUCGAUUGCGCUUAGUCGCCAAGGAGAGGGACUCUUACAAGGCUGUGCUCGAUUCGUACGAGAGCGACGUCACGAUCAAUCCAGCCUCGAUGCACACUCGACGUAUCGUUCAAUUAGAGGCGGCGCUAAGUGAGUACCGCGCAAUAGACGCAGAACUCCGCGGAGACGGCCAGCGGAAGUCGAGCAUUUCAACAAACACCAUCGAAGUUCAAACUGAAACUUCUGGUCAAACUGGUGCGGCGGCGCUUGGUGACUGUAAGGAAUAUGGCUAUCGUAUACUGCACUUUAGGAACAACCCGCUUGAUGUCGCCCAUAACUCCUGGAUAGCCGAGAUGAAAGAAGUUGACCGAGAAAAUAAGCUAUUAAGGGCGAAGGUCCAGGCUUUUGAAGAACAAGGCGCCUCGGGUUCGAUGCAGCAACCGGGCGAAACGACGUUGUUAGAAUUUGUCCGUGAUGACCCGCGCAAGCUGCGCGCUGAGCUCGAAUCAGCCAAUAAAAAAAUGGAGAAAAUUCUCGCCGCUUUUAAGAAGACUUCCAGAGAGUUUAGACAAGCCGUCUACUGUCUAACAGGUUACCGGAUUGAUAUGAAGUCGAGCGCUAAUGGAAACGCCUGUGUUCUCCGUCAUAUGUACGCGGAGUCCGCCGACGACCUACUCGAAUUUGAGAUUGGCGCUAACGGUUUUCUACAUCUACUUAGUAAUGAUUACUCAUUAAGACUUAACAGCUUAACCUCAGACUAUCUGGAAAAAAUGGACUCGAUUCCAGCUUUUUUGGCUGCCCUAACGUUACAGCUAUUCAACUCGCAAACAAUGAUGAUACAGUCGGCUGAACAACCAUCGAUGUUUGUUACCGAUUAGGGCUCAAAUUCUAAAACAUUGUCGUAAGAUAAUAGGAUUCUGAUUGAAAAUGGCCUUUUGCUUAAAUUUCAUAUUAAAAAGAAGCGAAGCAAACAAGUAAAGUGUUAAUUAUUUGUUUUAGCCGUAGGCAGGACGCAGUACCUGAUAGAUUUUGAUAUAAGCAUAAAUAGACUCGCGUUUAAACACUCAACUAACUUACUCAAAGUGCAUGACUAUGUUUAAGUAAAACGAUUAAAAAUGUCGACCUCCGUUUGAAUACAAUAACGCAUACUAAUAGUUGACUAUUCAUAGUUGUACAAACAGUUUUUCCAGUCACAACGUAUGCCAGAACUCCUCGUUAUUACUCAUUGCAAGCCUUCCUGUAACGUAUAUUGGUAGAGAAGGAAACAGAAAACGGGGUUGUGUCUAAAAAAAUAAGCCAGCGUUAUCAAUUAUAAAUAGCCUUAUAUGGUAGCUGUGCAAACGGACAACAAAACAAAUUUGUUCUCAACCAUAUGGAACUAUGGUGAAUUAGUAUCCAUCGGCGCUCUCGUUUCCGUACGCCUAUCAAUUGUGAAUCCAAUAAAUCGAGUAUAGAUGUCCAGUAGUUGAAGAUACUGUGAACAAAUAUAUGCGCUAUACUUGUAUGCUUCCUCUGCUAUAGUUUACCGUACAUAAGAAAAACAAGUUGUUAUAAUAAACAAGGUUUAAAAUGUAACAUUUUCUUUUACCUAAUAAAAUCCAUCGUCUACUUUCGCAGUGUGAACAAGCAUUUAUGGUACAUUAGAGGUGUAGACUUGGUGACAGUACGCUAACCAUAGGUAUAAGGUUAGCAUUGUCAUUUUAACUGGUGUACAUUGAAAAUAAUUGGACUUGAUAUUGAUCGAUGUUGAUGAUAAAAAGAACUUAGAUAAAGAUAAUAAUCCG